CACCGGUUUUGAAAGCGAGGCUGCUGGGAAGACUCGUGUAGCAAAGGUGCUCCCGACUCCGAGUCCUUCUGCUUCCCGGACGCGGCGACAGACCGGCGAGUUGCCAUGCAGUCUCCCAACAGCACCCUUGGGUACAGAGCUAGCUUUGCCGAAGAGGCAAAGGUCAUUUCGGAGCAGCUGCAAGGUCAUGGGGGAACAGAUAUAUCUACCAUAGAGGCCGAGCUCCCACCUCCCGACUUGACUUCUUCUGCUUCUUUUCUGGACCUACCAACCAGUAACCAGAUCCAAGUGCAACCCAGUGACAGCCCACUUCCCCCCCCUGUUCUAGAUCCUAAGCAGGAGCCUUCCUCAGCCCCCCCCAGUGACCAGGGCCUUCUGUUUCUCAAAGGGCUGCCAGCUUUGGAGGAGGCUGCCAGCCCUGACGAUCCGGUCAGAUGGCAGCUUAACGUGACCAUGGAGCUCUGUAGCCUGUCCCCUGAUGCUGUACAGGCUGGUGAUCCCUGCUCCUUGGCCCCCCAGCCAAGCACUGAGCUCAAUAAGACCUGUCUGCUUAGCUCAGGCACUCCCCUGGCUGAAGCAGCCCAGCCAGAAUGCAGCCAGGCUCCAGAUGACGGGGCCAGUGGGGAAGGGGCUCUGCUCAAAGUGCAGGACCUCUCAGACACGCCCAUCAAUAAGACUUUCUUGUUUAGCAGGGCUACCUUUGUGACCUCCACCCCACACGAAGCUUCGGAAGGGCUGAAGCUGCUCAAAGGGGCAUCUCUUUUCUCCUUCCCAGAGAGCCCCCAAGCUCAGGAAGCACCCAGUGUGGCUGAGGCAGCCCAGCCCAGUGCCAGACGCCCCCAGAGGCCUCGAGUAGCCACAGGCAGCCCGCCUAAGGCCACCCCAAAAAGUGGCCCUUUGGGAAAGAUGGGCCAGGAGAAAAGAUCCCUGGGUGGGGCCUCUUUAGCUGUUUCCAGGAGGGGGCAUCAGGCCCUUCCUUUGCCUGGGCAGAAAAGAUGGUCAGCUGUCCCCUUCAGAACCUCUGGCUUGCCUGUCCUGUUCAAGUCCAGAAGGGAACCCUUGGCAUCUCCAGGAGCUAGGCAGCAGAAAGGCAGGAGCAGUGAGGCGGGCAGGAUGAAGGAAGCAGAGCCACCCGCCAAAGCAGGGAAUAAUCCGCCCUCGGCAGUCAAGGUGUCUCAACUCCUCCACAGCAAAUCGGUGCCACCUCGCUUCUCCGUGCAUCAGAGAGGUCCCAGUGCUCGGGACCCGAAAUCCAGGGACCCUCAGGCAGCUCGAAUUUUGAAGCCCUUGCCUUCGAACCAGGGCACCCAAUCCAGAGUCCCGGCCAGGACAGAUGAGCAGCCCCCCAAGCAGGACAGGAAGCCCCAGCCUUCUUCAGGACAGACAUGCCCCCAGUGCCUUGUGCUGCAGAAGCAAGUGGAAGACCUCAAAAGCCAACUAGCUGCCAUGCAGUGCCUUAGUGGGGAGCUCCAGGACCUUCGAGGCACAGCCCGGGAUCCGUCCACAGCAAACACUGGGGGCACCACCUGAAUGCCAGGCCCCAGACUCCGGGGCCCUCUUCUCCCAAAGCGGGCCCUAGCAUGGAGUCUUUCCAGGUUCUUGUCUCCCUUCCUCCUCCCUUACCUCCAUUCCCCACCCUAGGAUGUUGGAGCUAACCACAUGGGUGGAGGUCUCCCAGUUCUGAUUGGAGGGCCGGUUGGGGCCAAGUUUUGUUGAGAGGCCUCAUCAUUGCAGGACAUUAGCACAGUGACCUCCAGCUAUUCUGAGUGGUUGUUCCAUCCCCACUUGGGACUGUACUCCCCCACUUUAGGUGGAAAUGCCAGGAGAGAGCUGGGUUCAAAUCUCACAUCUGAUGCUUCACUGACUGUGUUACGUUGGGCAAGUCACUUCAUCUCUGAGUUCCCUCAUUUGUAAAAUGAGGCUAAUGAUUUCUUCCUGUUUCGACCCCAGUUGUUGUAACACUCAGACGAGAUGAUCAAGCAUCCUUAUUAGGCUCUCCUGGCUUUUGUUCCAAAGGGCUUGGAUGCCAGAGCAUGCACACUGAGAGGAGGCAUUUCCUGACUGGGAGUUCUCCAAGUGAUUCUCAUCACAGAUGCCCCCCAAGUUGUACGGCAUCCCCUCCUUCCAGACUCCCACUCCUCUUUCUGUUUCCUUUGAAGUGAUUUUAAGUGCAGAUGAAACUGAGGCCCAGGGGAAACCAAGUAACUUGCCCAACGUCACGCAGAUCAUAAGCGUCACAGGCUUUGAAUGCAGGCUUUCCCACCUCAGAGCUGAGGGCUUUAUGCUAGCCUAGGCAAGAAUAAUAAAGCAUGGAGUAGUGGCAGUUUGAGUGGGAAAGGUGGGGGCAAGUCAGAAACAUUGACUAGCUUGGAUUUGGCCUGGGUUUGUUUGGGGAGGGGGGAGGGGGGUAUCAUGGUAUUGAUGCAGUUUGAGAUGUCAGUGGGACCAGGGGAGAGUACCUGAUAAGAAUUGGGCAGUGUGAACGGUUCUGGAGGCCAGGACUCUCUCUGGCUGCUGGAGAGGCCCAGCUGAUCCAUAUGAGGGCAAGGAAGUAGCCAGCGCUUCUGUCUUGUCUAAGGCGAGGCCUCUUUAGGGUUAGUCUGCUGCGUUGUUAAGUUUUUAGCAAGGUUCAGGCAAGGGGAUGACAUCCUUUUAGGUUAGGAAACGCAGGUCCAGCCAGAUAGUGUUAUCAUUCAGUUUAAAUCACACUUUCAAAAUAGAAAGAGAAAUUCACAGGUCACAUACGGUCCUCUUCCUUGUGUAUUGAAAUGUUUGUGUUGUUGUUUUAUGUUUAAUAAUAAAGAAAAUAUCAGAAAACUGA